AUGGCGCCGUCACUGGCGAAAGACGGCGUGCGUGCCCAGCCCAGCCUUUUGGGUACCCUCAACACGCAUGGUCUCUGGUCUCGCCCUGGGCACCUCCAGCACUCAGCACCAAAGCAUGAUACUUGUGUUGAUAAACUGGGCACAGAACUCGACCAUCUAAGCCUGACCUUUCCCGUGCUAACCUUAGCUGCAUAGUUUACUAUACAAGACCUUCGUCGCCCCUUAGCGCUCAGUUCCCGCAUCUCUCUACUCUACGCACCCCCUACAGCCCUGAACGUCGCGUUCAAGCAUCCCUAACAAUGACUCCCUCGCCCCCUGACCGUCGCGCCUCGCCGCGUGCACCGCUCAUCCUCCUCUCCCUCCUCAUACUCCUCUCUCACGAGAUCCCUCCCGCCGUAUGCUCCGUUCAAGUCCCGUCCGAUCCCCUUGCGGGCGUCAGCAUGACGUACCGUCGUAACGAGCCUUACCAAAGCGGUGAUUCCGAUACCAACUCCGGUAGCAACGGCGGCUCUGGCGUCUCAUUCAUGCCCCGCCCCGGAAGCAGCGGAGACGGAAACGAUAACGGUAACGGCGGCGAUAACGAGCUCACGUCUGGCGGCGGCGUAAGCUUUGCUCCUCGACUUCCGGCCCCGUCUAGCGGCGGCGGCGGCGGUAACGGUAACGAUCUCACAUCUGGCAAUGGUGUGAGCUUUGCUCCUCGGCGUCCAGCCCCGUCAAGCGGCGGCGGUGGCGGCGGCGGCGGCGGCGGUGCCGGCAAGAAUGACUCCGAGACCAGCUUCAAAAAGAGGGACGAUCUUCCCGGUAGCGGAGGUGGCGGCGGCGGCGGCGGCGGAAGCAGCGGCGGCGGAGGAGGCUCGUUCACAGGGCGCAACCCGUCCCCGUCUCCCACGAAGCCCAAGCCCCGCCCGGCUACCCCGGCACCAAAGCCGGAGCCGAAACCGAGCCCCACCCCCCCGCCUAGUGACACCGGCAGCAGCGGCUCUGGCGGUACUGGCGGUGCGACGGUGGCAACCACCAAGUUGUAUUUGCUGUCGGGGGAUUCUAUUAAAGGGCGCUGCUUGGACGGCAGCGCCCCGGGAUACUACCAUCGUCCGGGCUUCGGCACUGGUGCUAAGAAGUGGAUCAUUUUCCUAGAGGGCGGCGGGUGGUGCUUCAGCCUCAAGCAGUGCGCCGUGCGCUCGAAAGGCAUGCUCGGGAGCUCCAAGUUGUGGCCCAAGGAGCGCAAGGUGGAGUUUAACGGCGUGGUGAGUCCGAGCAGCCGCGACAACCCGGGGUUCUACAACUGGAACGUGGCGUCCAUCAAGUACUGCGACGGCGGCUCCUUCGCGGGCGGCUCAGGCAUGGCGCGCACCAAGGCCAACCAGACGGUCUUCUUCCUCGGCAACUGGAACCUCAAGGACUCGCUCCAAGACCUGCUGGCUCGGCGCGGCAUGAGCAAGGGCACGGACGUGCUGGUGGCGGGGUGCAGCGCGGGCGCCGUGGCGGUGUCGAUGCUGUGCGACCAGAUCGCGGGGCAGCUCAAGCCGUUCGGCCUCAACACCAAGUGCCUCAUGGACGCCGGCUUCAUCCCAGACGUAGAGGACUACAAGGGGCGGUACUCGCUGCGGGAGAAGGUGGAGCGCUUGUCGCAGCUGCAGAGCUUCAGCGGCAUUGGCAUCAACGGCGACUGCCAGCGAGCAAACCCCGGGCAGACUUGGAAGUGCUUCUUCCCGCAGUACAACCUCAAGCACAUCAGGACUCCCACCUUCGUUGUUAACUCGCUUGCGGACUACAAGGGAGUGGCUCUCUCCCUGGCUCCUCGCUCCAAGAAGCGGAGUAACCCUGUCAUAAAGUGCCUCUCUGCUAACUAUAACCCUGCCAAGUGCACCCCGCAGCAGCUUACACUUCUCCAGGGCUUCUCCCAGUCGAUUAAGUCGUCGCUGGAUGAGAUUUCUAACAACCGCGCUGCAGCAAAUGUGCAGUUUAAAGCGUUUACUUACACGCAGUCAACGCACUGUGUGAUGGGUGAUGCUCUCUGGAGCCAGCUGAAGUCUACAGACCAGCCGACCAUCGGUAAUAAGCGACUCACUUCCACGUAUGGAAGCACCACCACCAGUGCCAUCGCCAACACAUUGAAGAAUUCUUUCAUGGAUUGGUACUAUUCUUAGGUGAGGGAGGUGCCAUGCUCAUGAACUAAUUAGAUAAUCUAUACUGAUUAUGAAUGUAUAGUUUUCCCCGUGUACUGCUAAUAUGCGUGUCAAUAAGGCGAUAAUUGCUUU